CUCACUUCCCCUGCAGCCACUCCAUCCUUCUCCCCGACCGCGAAAAUUUCGAAACGUUCUCGAACUCGGGGAGGGAGCGAGAGAAGCGAACGAGAACUACUCCCCUUCCCUUCCCGCAAGCGCCCUCUCUCUCUCGUCCGCUCUCUCUCUGGUGAUCGCAUCUCGUCGCCGGAUUAAUUUAUCUCGGAAUCCGCCAGGCAGCGAAUCUUGAGGCAGUUUUCGGAUCUCCUCUCCGCUCGGAAGUUAGGAUUUCUCUCGGAGCAGAUCCGGGGUUUAGGGUUUUAGUGCAGGAGGGGAUUGUUCGGGUUGGAGAUGGCGGCGGAGACGCAGAGCUGGGUUCUGAUGGCCACAGCGAGGGCUCCGACCAACAUUGCGGUGAUCAAGUACUGGGGGAAGCGCGACGAGGCCCUGAUCCUUCCCAUCAAUGAUAGCAUCAGCGUCACGCUCGAUCCGGAUCAUCUCUCGGCAACUACUACUGUUGCUGUUAGCCCUAGCUUCAAGCAAGAUCGGAUGUGGCUUAAUGGCAAGGAGAUCUCGCUCUCUGGAGGGAGAUACCAGAACUGUCUGAGGGAAAUCCGGAAACGUGCAGGUGAUGUUGAGGAUGAGAAGAAGGGCAUUCGGAUCAAGAAGGAAGAUUGGGAGAAAAUGCAUUUGCACAUUGCUUCGUAUAACAACUUCCCCACUGCUGCUGGAUUGGCUUCUUCAGCUGCCGGAUUUGCCUGUCUUGUUUUUACCCUCGCAAAGUUGAUGAAUGUGAAGGAAGAGCAUGGAGAUCUUUCUGCUAUUGCAAGGCAAGGGUCAGGCAGUGCAUGUCGCAGCAUGUAUGGUGGGUUUGUCAAAUGGACAAUGGGAAAUGAUGCUGAUGGGAGUGACAGCAUUGCAGUUCAACUUGCUAGUAACACACAUUGGGAUGACCUUGUUAUUAUCAUAGCAGUGGUAAGCUCAAAGCAGAAAGAAACAAGUAGCACCACAGGAAUGCGUGAGAGUGUCGAGACAAGUCCACUUUUAGAAUAUCGGGCCAAGACGGUUGUCCCUAAUCGAGUGUUACAAAUGGAAGAAGCAAUCAAAAGUCAUGAUUUUGCAUCUCUUGCCAGGCUAACCUGUGCAGAUAGCAAUCAGUUCCAUGCAGUCUGUUUGGAUACUAGCCCUCCUAUAUUCUACAUGAACGAUACAUCACACAGGAUAAUCAGCCUUGUUGAAAGAUGGAACCGGUCUGAAGGAUCACUGCAGGUGGCGUACACUUUUGAUGCGGGGCCCAACGCUGUUCUGAUUGCGCCAAACCGAAAAGUGGCUGGUCUUCUGCUUCAGAGACUUCUGUUUCAGUUCCCCCCACCUCCAGAAAGCGAGUUGGCUAGCUACAUAUUAGGGGACAAAUCGAUACUGCAUGAAGCUGGUUUGCAAUCGAGGAAAGAUGUCGAAGAUCUGCCACCACCUGUUGAAAUCAAGGAUAAGGUCCCAUCACAAAAGUUUCCAGGUGAUGUUAGCUAUUUCAUCUGCACUCGGCUUGGGAGCGGUCCAAGGCUGCUAACUGAUGAAAAUCAAGCUCUUAUUAGUCCUGAAACUGGAUGUCCAAAAUGAACUACAGCAAGGAGGUGAACGAUUUUCAUUGGAUUUACCUCGUAGUUUUAUUUUCCAUCAAGCUUGAUGAAUAAAUUAGUUGUGGAAAUAAUCCCUUGAUAGCACUGGCUUUGCUCAAAUGUCGCCAAAUGACUUUGAUGGUCAAUCUUCCACUCGAAUGAGGAUGGCUUGUCAUUCAAUGUUGUACCAAUCUAGGAAUCCUGAACUGGGAUCGGUGCCUCAAAAUUUUGUACUCUUAGUUGUGGCGGCGAGGUGUAACUGGUGCAUUAUUUUAGACACUUCUACGUUGCUUUCUGUUCCUUUCGUCCUGUUUCUAACUUGUUAAUCUCAAGUUUGUUUUGUCUCUUC